AGAUUAUACCAGAAGAAAGGAAGACAGGAUGUUCGUUUUUCGACCCUAUGUUCUUCAUAUCAUAUAUGGAUGCAGUUAAAAAGGCAAAGAAAAAAGAUUCUACAGCAAUUGAGAAAAGCAAUGUGUGGAAGUGGAUAAAGAAGCAAAAGAUAUUUGCUUGCAGAUAUGUUUUUGUUCCCAUCUGCCAAAGUAAUCAUUGGAAUCUUCUCAUACUCUGUAACUUGGGAGAAGAUUUGGAGAUGAAUGAAAAAAGUCCAUGUAUGCUGUUAUUGGACUCACUUCAAGAAGCAGAACCAAAGAACCUAGAACCGUGCAUCAAACAAUUUGUGUACCAAAUGUAUAAGAAUGAGUCAGUACAAGGAACUGAUGAUGUUUUCCAGUUCAAUUUGAGUAUUCCAAUGGUUCCUCAACAGGAUGACGGUGAAAAAUGUGGAUACUGUGUUCUUUACUAUAUGUUCAAGUUUUUGAUGUCUUGUCCAGAAAACUUCAACAUUAAUGAACAUGGUGGCUUUAUGAAUAGCAGUUGGUUCACAGAGGAAGAGAUGAACAACUUUUUCAACAAUCUAUCAUCAGAGAAAUUGCAUACUGACCAAAUGCAAGCUUCAGAAGACAUAAUUGUGGUCAAGGAAAAGAAUCUUUCAAGUAAUAUGGAAGUUGAUGGCCAAAAUGUCGAUAAUGAAAUUGCUGCUGAAGAAAUUGAAAAACUUUCUAAAGAUGAAGAAGAGGCUGAGAUGGUGGUACAAUGUGAACCUAUUCGUUCACUAGUUGUGUACACUCCAAAGAGCUCACAGGAGCAGCAAGAACCCAACCAACCAACACCACCUGCAUCUGAAACAAUUGCCACUCAUGAAAAAGAUGGCAAGGAAAAGCUGGCUGCUGCUGCACCUUCUGUGAGAAAAUCUCCAAGGCUACAACCUAUAAAAGAAGAUGAAGAAGAUUUCUCUAUUCAUAUUGUCGACCCUGAGGGAGGAGAAAAUGCAGAGAAGGGACCAGCAGAAAAAGCACAAAGAAAAGUAAGGGCGACAAAGAAUGAAGGUGUCAAUAAAAGGAAAGCCGUAGAAGAGGUACAACAUAAUAAGGAAAAGAAAUUGAAGAAAAAGGUGGAAGUAGAGAAUGAAGAUGAAGAAGUGGAAGAAGAAGAAGAAAAAGAUGAUGAUGAGAAACCAAAAAAGAUUUUAAUCCGUGCUUAUCCAUCAACAUUUUCAAAAACAAUCUCAAGGCUGUCUGAAGCUCAAAGGCAGUGGGUCAAAUCUGCUGGGUUUGGUGCACUCCUUCAUUUUACUCUUGGUGAGGAACUGCCACACAAGACAAUAGUUAAUUGCUUAUGGUGGUUCGAGCACAAUAAAUGUGAGUUUGGUCUAUUCCCAAAUCGGAAUCUUAAAAUAACAGAGGAUGAUGUUUUUGACAUAAUUGGUCUACCCCAAGGGAAAUUGGAUGUUAAACUUGAAGAUUCUAAAGAUAAAAUCCAAAGCUGGGGCAAACAAUUUAAAGAAAGGCAGCCAAGCAGGAUCACUGAAAAGAUGUUGCGUGAAAAGAUUGCAGAUUCUCGUGAUGCCGAUGAACAUUUCAAGCAGAACUUCAUGAUUCUGAUGGCUAACCUUUUCAUCAGAACAGAUAAAACGUCCUUUGUUUGCCCCAAAAUCCUGAGGUUCAGUGGUAAUUUUGACAAUGCAAGAGACUACAAUUGGUGCAAACUUGUGAUACAAAAUUUGAAAGAGGCUCAUGAACAAUGGUGGAAUGAUCCAAAAACACAAUACUACACUGGUUGUUUUGUUUUUCUUCUUUACUUUUAUCUAGCUAGGACAAGCCAUCCUGAUGUGAGAGUGAAGAAAACAUGGCCUGCCUUUGUUGGCUGGAAGAAUUCAUGCAUUGAUGACAGAGCAAAGAGGGAGGGUCUUGAUAAUAAUUUUGGUCAUGGAGAUAUUGUUCCAGAAUUUGAAACUCCUGAUGAAAGCAAUCAAAAUGAUGUGAACUCUGAACAGUACAAGGGUGGGAACAGCAACUUCACCACACCUAAAGAAACAUUGAAGGGCGUAGGACCCAGUCGGCUGUUUUCUCCACAAGACAAUGUUGAUGCAUCAAUAUUGUCAAUUGCAAGAGAUGUUGAACAGAAUCACAAUAGCACUGAGGUGCUCACAGAGGAUGAGAUAACGUCAAGAUUACAGCAUCAUUUAUCACAAAUGGAAAAGCUGAAGAAAGAAUUUGGUGAAACACUUGACAAGGGGAAACAGCUGUUCCCAGAAAGUGAUAAAAUAAAAGAAUAUGAACAGAGGUUUGAAGAGAUGACAACAGGAAGGUGA